CGCCACCGCGUACUUCAUCAUAACUCGCCCCCCAUUCAUCAAGUCACCCAUCGCCAUUGCAGGCUUGCAGCUGCUGUACUCGCUGUAGUUGCCUCGCGAUUCGCCCAAGCGCCCUCGUCUGUCCUGUCCCUCACCGUGUGAACGUCCGUCUUCACCGACCGUUUCUCUCUUUUCUCUUUAGUCGUUUCAGUGUAGUGUGUCGUACUGGUGCUCAUCGCCCAUUUCUGUCUACGCAUCGUUGUCCGACAUUCGUCAGUUUCGACUUUCACUCGUUUGCUACUUUCCGUUUUAUUAUUUUUUUUUAAUAACAAAUAAUAUUACAUUAUUCGUUCACGCGUUUGUCCCACAGGUUGACUGUGAACAGAAAUCAUAUACUAUGGCAAUCAAAGGAUUAACGCUGUUGGUGGUGGCUUUUGCGUUCUGCAACUGUGUGGUUAAGGGAUCAAGUGAUUGUACUUUGCCUUGGUUAGUGGAUAACAAUCCAUUUAUUUCUAAGGUUGAAUCUUUUUCUGUCAAUAGAUGUCCUACACCUAUUAUUGGGGAUCAAACUAAAGAAUAUUGCUGUUAUAAUACUGACGGAAAGGUUGAAUGUUGCAAUUUUCAAGAAUUUAUGCUUUUCGGAUUGAUUUGUCUCAUUCCGAUUCUUAUUGUCUUGCUGAUUCUUUCAUCUAUUCUCAGUUGCAUAUGUUGUUUAUUGUGCCCAUGUUGCGCUAUUUACAAACGUAGGCAAUCUGGCAGGGUACUUGUUCAACCGCUUUCAACCAAUUGUGUCAUUAUAGAAGGUAUGCCAUCUAUAAUAUCCAGUCAUGGAUCCUAUUAUGCUUCAGCUUCAGCAGGUUCUACACCUUUAAUACCUAAUGAGUACCCUAAACAAUACUAUUAGUUAAAAUAUUUAACUAAUAAAAUUAAUUUAUUAAUAUUAUGUAUGAUUUUAUAGUAUGUUAAGUAUCUGAUAAAUUUACUAAAAAUAUGUUAAGUAAUUUAGAUGUAAAUGAAUUUAAAAAUGAAUAAUACAUGUUGACAUUAUGUUUAUUUAAAAAAAAAUACAUUUAUUAACUGUAAAACUUCAAAUGCAUUUUUCAUGAUUUUGAAUCUAAUAUUGUGUAAAGCAGGGGUCGCCAACCAGUCGAUUGUUAAAAAAUUAAUUUUACCAUUAUCGGUCGAUCGCGUAAUAAAUAAUCGGUUAAUGUUGACUGCUAUAUUGUAUUCUAGGAAUUUACCAUAAUGCCUCGGCUACAAUAAAUAGUCAGAAUUAUUGUCAGUUUCAGUUUUUAACUCGACUGUCAAUUUAUUAGUGGUCACGUGCAAAUGUGCACCUUUUUUCAGACCUUUUUUUUUUUUUUGCUCAUAAAACAAAUCUCUUCCUAAAGACCUAAAUUCUCCUAGAUGUCGAUCACCUGGGACUAAAAAUUUCAAAUGUAGCUCACUUGUUUGAAAAGAUUGGCGACCCCUGGUGUAAAGUAUUAUUUAUUAUUACAUAUUAUAUAAUAUUUUAUCUAAAUUGAUAUUUUUGCAAUUAUGGAUAACUAUAUAUCUAAAUUUAGUUUUUUAUUAAGAUAUUUUUUUUACACAAUCAAAUAUAAAUGUAUUCAUUUAAAAUAAGUUAAUAAGCUUCUGACAGUUAUGUAUAUUUCUUUUUUAUAUAUUUAAAUUAUUUAUAUUAAAUACAUAUAAUGUUAAGCACAAAUAUGUUUUUAUUUACAUUCUUUUAUUACUGUAUCAAUUUAAUAAUUUAAUAUUAUAAACUUUUUCAGUUUAAACUUUUAUAAUAUUUAAUUAAAACCGGUGCCAAAUGCAUUUAAAAUAAUAGUCUGGAUGUCAAUUAAUUUAUUUUGCUACAUUAGUUUUUAACAUAAUUGUUUUUUUUUAUUACACUUUUUAAUUGGUUGAUUAUGUAAAACUUUUUAUGCUGUUUUAUUGAGAAUAAACAUUAUAAUGUCUGAUACCAUA